AGAGUGGCCGUUUCUUCCCUUAUCUGCUGAUUUGAAGACCUUUAAACCCCAACCUCCCCCAUACCCAAGAGAGGGUAGGAUGGCCUUCUCAAGCCCAUCCCGUUUCCCUCUCCCUCUUCUCAUUGCCAUUCUUUCUUUCUUCCUCCUCCAUCCAAUCACCACCACCACUUCUUCUACAGCCGGAAUCCGCCUCGGCGUCAUCCGUAAACCUUCCACAUCCACCGAUCACGUCCCCGUCUUCCGCGAAGCUCCUGCCUUUCGCAAUGGUGACUCCUGCAAUACCAAUACCAUCCAUGUAGCCAUGACCCUCGAUGCCAACUACCUCAGAGGUACAAUGGCAGCUGUUCUCUCCAUUCUCCAACACUCCACAUGCCCAGAAAACGUUGCCUUCCACUUCCUGUCAGGAAGAUUCGACUUAGAUGUCAUUGCAAGCAUACGCUCCACCUUCCCUUACCUCAAUUUCAAAGUCUACCGGUUCGACUCGAACCGGGUUCGUGGCAAGAUCUCUAAGUCAAUUCGUCAAGCACUUGAUCAGCCAUUGAAUUACGCAAGAAUCUACCUCGCCGACAUUAUUCCAAUCGACGUCGGAAGGAUAAUCUACCUCGAUUCCGACCUCGUCAUGGUCGACGACAUUGCGAAGCUUUGGGGGGUUGAUUUGGGUGAUAAAGUAGUGGCUGCACCCGAAUAUUGUCAAGCCAAUUUCACCGAAUACUUCACUGAUGCCUUCUGGUCCGACCGGUCAUUGGCAUCGACGUUCCAAGGGAGGAAACCUUGUUAUUUCAAUACAGGAGUAAUGGUUGUGGAUGUAGAUAAGUGGAGACAAGGUGGUUAUACACAGAAAGUUGAGGAUUGGAUGGCUGUGCAGAAGCAGAAGAGGAUAUAUCAUUUGGGUUCUUUGCCACCUUUCUUGUUGGUAUUAGCUGGGAACAUCAAGGCCGUUGAUCAUAGAUGGAACCAACAUGGGUUGGGUGGUGAUAACCUUGAAGGUAAAUGUAGAAGCCUUCACCCUGGACCCAUUAGUUUACUUCAUUGGAGUGGUAAAGGUAAGCCUUGGUUGAGGUUGGAUUCUAGGAAGCCAUGCACCGUUGAUCAUCUCUGGGCUCCAUAUGAUCUUUACCGUUCAUCAACAACCUUUCUUGAAGAAUGAUCUAUGAAAAUUAAAGACAAUAAGAAGG